UGGGAAUUCGUGAGAACAUGUACCGUCAACUAGGACUGGGCAACAAGGUGAUGCUAGACCGCCAUGGCACCGACAUGCUACCAAAGAAGAGCAACGGAUCACUACCUGCGGCUGAGUGCACAUCAAUCACAGAGCUCAACCACCGCACAUCCGUCAUGCCAGACGCGUCCCCCAAUCGUUCUUGGCGUCUCAAACGUUUUCAGAACCGUAACAGUUGUCAACGCACCCGACGCAUCCGCACUAGACUUUGGCCAGAGCGAUGUUUCCGUCGACCAUGGCGUUGGAAAAAGGCGCCAAGGUCGCUCAGACCGACUUGAUCGCUGCUCAGAUCGAGGUGCUCGUCUCGUCUCCGUCGGCGAAUCGCCUCCGACUCGGGGCAAUAAGUACUGGGUCCGCCAGAUCGCCCGUGGGCCUAAGCCGUUCAGCCUUGUGGAGCAGAUCGGUGAUCACGCGCGUGUGGGUGAGGAUGGAGUGGUUGCGAGCGAUUCAUUCGGAAAUGGCCACGUUUUUGCAUGUUUGCGGGUGCCAUGUGUGGCAUGUUGGGACAUGCGUGGCAGUUCUUUUGAGUCUUGGCAGCAGUUUGAGAUGGGAGUCGAUCAUGAAGAGGCGAUUCGGGCAUUUGGCAGACCUGAUUCAAGCGGAUAA